ACCCAGGAAGCUCGGCCGAGGUGGUUUCCUAGAAACAUGAUUGUUUGUUGGACUUGAUCUCACAGCCUGGUGAGGACUUCUUUACUGAUAAUGUCAAGUUCAGGUUACCCUCCCAACCAAGGAGCGUUCAGCACGGAGCAAAGUCGCUAUCCUCCUCACUCUGUUCAGUACACCUUUCCCAGCACGCGUCACCAGCAGGAAUUUGCGGUCCCUGACUACCGCUCUUCUCAUCUCGAAGUCAGCCAGGCGUCCCAGCUCCUGCAGCAGCAGCAGCUCCGCAGACGGCCUUCCUUGCUCUCGGAGUUUCACCCAGGUUCUGACAGGCCUCAAGAGAGGAGAACUGGAUAUGAACAGUUUCACCCAGGGCCAUCCCCAGUGGAUCAUGACUCCCUGGAAUCCAAGCGACCACGUCUGGAACAGGUUUCUGAUUCCCAUUUCCAGCGCGUCAGUGCUGCGGUCUUACCUUUAGUGCACACGCUGCCAGAAGGGUUGAGGUCUUCUGCAGAUGCUAAGAAGGAUCCAGCAUUUGGAGGCAAACAUGAAGCUCCAUCCUCUCCAAUCUCCGGGCAACCAUGUGGAGAUGAUCAAAAUGCUUCACCUUCAAAACUUUCAAAGGAAGAGUUAAUCCAGAGUAUGGAUCGUGUAGAUCGAGAAAUUGCGAAAGUAGAACAGCAGAUCCUUAAACUGAAAAAGAAACAACAACAGCUCGAAGAAGAAGCAGCUAAGCCUCCCGAGCCCGAGAAGCCUGUGUCCCCUCCUCCCGUGGAGCAGAAACACCGCAGUAUUGUCCAAAUUAUUUAUGAUGAGAAUCGGAAAAAAGCAGAAGAAGCUCAUAAAAUAUUUGAAGGUCUUGGCCCAAAAGUGGAACUGCCACUCUAUAACCAGCCAUCAGACACCAAGGUGUAUCAUGAGAACAUCAAGACUGGAGUACCUGCAAGGCGCAUGAUGAAAAACCAGGUGAUGAGGAAAAAACUCAUUUUAUUUUUUAAAAGAAGAAAUCAUGCAAGAAAACAAAGGGAACAAAAAAUCUGCCAACGUUAUGAUCAGCUCAUGGAGGCAUGGGAGAAAAAAGUGGACAGAAUAGAAAAUAAUCCCCGGAGAAAAGCUAAAGAAAGCAAAACAAGGGAGUACUAUGAAAAGCAGUUUCCAGAAAUUCGAAAACAAAGAGAACAACAAGAAAGGUUUCAGCGAGUUGGGCAGCGGGGAGCUGGUCUUUCAGCCACCAUUGCUAGGAGUGAGCAUGAGAUUUCUGAAAUUAUUGAUGGGCUCUCUGAGCAGGAGAAUAAUGAGAAACAAAUGCGGCAACUCUCUGUGAUCCCACCUAUGAUGUUUGAUGCAGAACAGAGACGAGUCAAGUUCAUCAACAUGAAUGGACUUAUGGAAGACCCCAUGAAAGUUUAUAAAGACAGGCAGUUUAUGAAUGUUUGGACUGACCACGAGAAGGAGAUCUUCAAGGACAAGUUUAUUCAGCAUCCAAAAAACUUUGGACUAAUUGCAUCCUACUUGGAAAGGAAGAGUGUUCCUGAUUGUGUUUUAUAUUACUACUUAACCAAGAAAAAUGAGAAUUAUAAAGCCCUAGUGAGAAGGAAUUAUGGAAAACGCAGAGGAAGAAACCAGCAGCAAAUUGCCCGACCCUCACAAGAAGAAAAAGUAGAAGAAAAAGAAGAAGAUAAAGCAGAAAAAACAGAAAAGAAAGAAGAGGAAAAGAAAGAUGAAGAGGAGAAAGAGGACAAGGAGGACUCUAAAGAAAAUACCAAGGAAAAGGACAAGACAGAAGGCGCUGCAGAAGAAACGGAGGAGAGGGAGCAGGCCACACCCCGCGGGCGGAAGACAGCGAACAGUCAGGGCCGCCGAAAGGGCCGGAUCACCAGGUCCAUGACGAACGAAGCGGCAGCCGCCAGCGCUGCUGCCGCCGCGGCCACUGAGGAGCCCCCGCCGCCUCUGCCACCGCCACCAGAGCCCAUUUCCACAGAACCUGUAGAAACCUCUCGAUGGACAGAAGAAGAAAUGGAAGUUGCUAAAAAAGGUCUUGUGGAACAUGGUCGUAACUGGGCAGCAAUUGCCAAAAUGGUGGGAACUAAAAGUGAAGCGCAAUGUAAAAACUUCUAUUUUAACUAUAAAAGGCGACACAACCUGGACAACCUUUUGCAACAGCAUAAACAGAAAACUUCACGAAAGCCUCGUGAAGAGCGAGAUGUGUCUCAAUGUGAAAGUGUGGCUUCCACUGUUUCUGCUCAGGAGGAUGAAGAUAUUGAAGCUUCUAAUGAAGAAGAAAAUCCAGAAGACAGUGAAGGUGCUGAAAAUAGUUCUGAUACAGAAAGUGCUCCUUCUCCUUCACCAGUUGAAGCUGUCAAGCCCGGUGAAGAUAGCACUGAAAAUGCGCCUUCCCGAGGGAACACGGAACCUGUGGCCGAGCUCGGGUCCGCCUGCGAACCUGUGCCCGGCGCAUCGCCCUCCUCCACAGCACCAACCACAAAACCUGUCGAAAAUGAAAGCGCGGAGGCCCAGGCGAAUGACAGCAUCACCGUCGAGGCAGCAGAGCCGAUGGACGUUGAACAUCAGGAGCACAGUGCUGAAGUGACUUCAGUUCUUGACCUCCCCACGACGACCAGAGCAGACCCUGCAGAUGUUGACAUGAGGGUGGCCGAAAACAACCCAUCUAACGUCGAAGGGGAUACCAAAGAGAGAGACCUGGAGAGAGCCGGUGAGAAGCCCGAGCCUGGAGAUGAAGACUUGGUGGUGGCCCAGCAAAUAGGGGCCCAGAGGCCCGAGCCCCAGUCAGACAAUGACUCCAGUGCCACCUGCAGUGCCGAUGAAGAUGUGGAUGGAGAGCCCGAGAGGCAGAGAAUGUUUCCUAUGGACUCGAAGCCUUCAUUGUUAACCCCCCCUGGAUCUAUACUGGUCUCCUCCCCAGUGAAACCAAACCCACUGGACCUGCCGCAGCUUCAGCACAGAGCCGCUGUUAUCCCCCCCAUGGUUUCCUGUACCCCAUGUAAUAUACCCAUUGGAACCCCAGUGAGCGGCUAUGCCCUGUACCAGCGACACAUUAAAGCAAUGCAUGAGUCCGCACUCCUGGAAGAACAGCGACAGAGGCAAGAACAGAUAGAUUUGGAAUGUAGAAGUUCCACAAGUCCGUGUGGCACCGCUAAGAGUCCGAACAGAGAGUGGGAAGGAAAAUCAGUCGCCUAUAUGCCCUGUGCUGAGGUCACACGUGCCCUCGAACAGGAGGCACAGAUGCACGGGACCGCAGCCAGGUCAGCGUCACCGUGUAGGCUCUCUCCGAGAGAAGUCAGUGCAGCCGCUCCACAGCCUGAUAGGAGUGCAGCACGCUAUAGUGCCCCGCCAGUCCUGCAGCCUGCUCCACACCAAGUGAUAACUAAUCUCCCCGAAGCGGUCCGGCUCCCGACAACGCGACCCACGAGGCCCCCUCCUCCCCUUAUCCCGUCCUCCAAAACCACGGUGGCUUCCGAAAAACCGUCUUUCAUCCUGGGAGGCUCCAUCUCACAGGGAACACCUGGCACUUACUUGACUUCUCAUAAUCAGACUUCCUACACCCAAGAAACAGCUAAGCCCUCAGUGGGCUCGAUCUCUCUCGGAUUGCCGCGACAACAGGAAUCUGCCAAAUCAGCUGCUGUGCCCUACAUCAAGCAGGAAGAAUUUUCUCCCCGGAGCCAGAACUCCCAGCCUGAAGGUUUAUUGGUCAGGGCACAACACGAAGGAGUGGUCAGAGGUACUCCAGGAGCCAUUCAGGAAGGAAGUAUAACUCGGGGAACUCCAAGCAGCAAAAUCGCCGUGGAAGGCAUCCCAUGCCUGCGGGGCUCCAUCACUCAGGGCACCCCAGCUCUGUCACAGGCUGCUAUACCAACUGAGGCUCUGGUGAAGGGAACCAUUUCUAGAAUGCCCAUUGAAGAGAGCAGUCCUGAGAAGGGAAGAGAGGAAGCUGCAUCAAAAGGUCAUGUUAUUUAUGAAGGCAAAAGUGGACACAUCUUAUCAUAUGAUAAUAUUAAGAAUGCCCGAGAAGGGACAAGGAGUCCAAGAACAGCUCAUGAAAUCAGUUUAAAAAGAAGCUAUGAGUCAGUGGAAGGAAAUAUAAAGCAAGGGUUGUCGAUGCGGGAGUCUCCCGUGUCAGCACCGCUAGAGGGACUGAUAUGCCGAGCAUUACCCAGGGGAAGCCCUCAUUCUGACCUCAAAGAAAGGACUGUGCUGUCUGGUUCCAUAAUGCAGGGCACACCAAGAGCGACAACUGAAAGCUUUGAAGAUGGUCUGAAAUAUCCGAAACAGAUUAAAAGGGAGAGCCCUCCCAUACGAGCAUUUGAAGGUGCCAUCACCAAGGGAAAACCGUAUGAUGGCAUCACCACCAUCAAAGAAAUGGGGCGCUCCAUUCAUGAGAUUCCACGGCAAGAUGUUUUAACUCAGGAAAGCCGUAAAACCCCAGAGGUGGUCCAGAGCGCAAGGCCAGUCAUUGAGGGUUCCAUCUCCCAGGGUACACCAAUAAAGUUUGACAGCAACGCAGGUCAAUCUGCCAUCAAACACAAUGUCAAAUCUUUAAUCACGGGGCCUAACAAACUAUCCCGUGGAAUGCCUCCCCUGGAAAUUGUGCCAGAGAACAUCAAAGUGGUAGAGCGGGGAAAAUACGAGGAUGUGAAGGCAGGCGAGCCAGUGCGUUCCCGACACACAUCGGUGGUAAGCUCUGGCCCCUCAGUUCUUAGGUCAACACUUCACGAAGCUCCCAAAGCACAACUGAGCCCAGGGAUUUAUGACGACAGUAGUGCCCGCCGGACACCUGUGAGUUACCAGAGCACCAUGUCCAGAGGCUCACCUAUGAUGAACAGAACUUCGGAUGUUACCAUCUCUUCUAGCAAGUCUACCAAUCAUGAAAGAAAAUCGACACUGACCCCUACCCAGAGGGAAAGUAUACCGGCCAAGUCUCCAGUGCCUGGGGUGGACCCGGUAGUGAGCCACAGCCCCUUCGACCCCCAUCACAGGGGCAGCACCCCGGGGGAGGUUUAUCGGAGCCAUCUUCCCGCGCAUUUGGAUCCCGCCAUGCCGUUUCACAGGGCUCUGGAUCCUGCAGCUGCUGCUUACCUGUUUCAGAGACAGCUCUCACCAACUCCAGCGUACCCGAGUCAGUAUCAGCUUUACGCGAUGGAGAACACGAGACAGACAAUCCUCAAUGAUUACAUUACCUCACAGCAGAUGCAGGUGAACCUGCGCCCAGAUGUGGCCAGAGGCCUCUCCCCACGGGAGCAGCAGCUGGGUCUCCCGUACCCGGCAACGAGGGGAAUCAUUGACCUGACCAAUAUGCCUCCAGCAAUUCUAGUGCCUCAUCCGGGGGGAACAAGUACUCCUCCCAUGGACAGAAUCACUUAUAUUCCUGGUACACAGAUUACGUUUCCUCCCAGGCCGUACAACUCUGCCUCGAUGUCUCCGGGCCACUCGACGCACCUCGCGGCGGCCGCUAGUGCGGAGCGGGAGCGCGAGCGGGAGCGCGAGAAGGAGCGGAUGGCCGCGGCGUCCUCGGACCUCUACCUGCGCUCCGGCUCUGAACAGCCGGGCCGACCUGGCAGCCAUGGGUAUGUCCGCUCUCCGUCCCCCUCGGUGCGAGCUCAGGAGACCAUGUUGCAGCAGCGACCUAGCGUUUUCCAGGGAACCAACGGAACCAGUGUAAUCACACCUUUGGAUCCAAGCGCUCAGCUACGAAUCAUGCCGCUGCCCGCCGGGGGCCCGUCGAUAAGCCAGGGCCUGCCGGCCUCCCGCUACAGCACCGCUGCCGACGCCCUGGCCGCCCUCGUGGACGCCGCAGCCUCCGCCCCCCAGAUGGAGGUUUCCAAAACAAAAGAGAGUAAGCAUGAAGCUUCCAGGUUAGAAGACACUUUGAGAAGCAGGUCAGCAGCAGUUAGUGAGCAGCAGCAGCUAGAGCAGAAAAGCCUGGAGGUGGAGAAGAGAUCUGUUCAGUGUCUGUACACUUCUGCAGCCUUUCCAAGUGGCAAGCCCCAGCCUCACUCUUCAGUAGUUUAUUCCGAGGCUGGGAAAGAUAAAGGGCCUCCUCCAAAGUCCAGAUAUGAGGAAGAGCUAAGGACCCGAGGGAAGACUACCAUUACCGCAGCUAACUUCAUAGACGUGAUCAUCACCCGGCAAAUUGCCUCGGACAAGGAUGCGAGGGAGCGUGGCUCUCAGAGCUCAGACUCUUCUAGUAGCUUAUCUUCUCAUCGGUAUGAAACGCCCAGCGAUGCCAUUGAGGUGAUCAGCCCCGCCAGCUCACCGGCACCGCCCCAGGAGAAGCUGCAGGCCUACCAGCCAGAGGUGGUGAAGGCAAACCAAGCCGAAAGUGAAGCCAGCAGACCCUACGAAGGACCAUUACAUCACUACCGACCUCAGCAGGAACCCCUGUCCCCACAGCAGCAGCUGCCCCCCUCCUCACAGGCCGACGGGGUGGGGCAAGUGCCCAGGACCCACCGACUGAUUACACUUGCUGAUCACAUCUGUCAAAUCAUCACACAAGAUUUUGCUAGAAAUCAAGUUUCCUCACAGCCUCCCCAGCAGCCUCCCACUUCUACAUUCCAGAAUUCACCAUCUGCUUUGGUGUCCACACCUGUGAGGACUAAAACAUCAAAUCGUUACAGUCCGGAAUCCCAGUCUCAGUCUGUCCACCAUCAAAGACCAGGUUCAAGGGUCUCUCCAGAAAACCUUGUGGACAAAUCCAGGGGAAGGCCUGGAAAGUCCCCAGAGAGGAGUCACGUCCCUUCCGAGUCCUACGAGCCCAUCUCCCCACCCCAGGCUCCAGUCGUGCACGAGAAACAGGACAGCGUGCUGCUCCUGUCGCAGAGAGGCGCAGAGCCCGCAGAGCAGAGGAAUGAUUCCCGCUCACCAGGGAGCAUAAGCUACUUGCCUUCCUUCUUCACCAAGCUUGAGAACACGUCGCCCAUGGUUAAAUCAAAGAAGCAGGAGAUUUUUCGUAAGUUGAACUCCUCUGGUGGAGGUGACUCUGACAUGGCAGCCGCACAGCCAGGAACGGAGAUCUUUAACCUGCCAGCAGUCACCACGUCAGGCUCAGUUAGCUCUAGAGGUCAUUCUUUCGCUGAUCCUGCCAGUAACCUCGGGCUGGAAGACAUCAUCCGGAAGGCGCUCAUGGGAAGCUUUGAUGACAAGGUUGAGGAGCACGGAGUCGUUAUGUCUCAGCCCGUCGGCGUGGUGCCCAGUGGCGCCAGCACCUCCAUUGUGACCAGUGGGGAGACCCGCAGAGAGGAAGGGGGCCCGUCCCCUCAUUCAGGAGGAGUUUGCAAACCAAAGCUGAUCAGCAAGUCAAACAGCAGGAAAUCUAAAUCUCCCAUCCCUGGGCAAGGCUACUUAGGAACUGAAAGGCCCUCUUCCGUCUCCUCUGUACAUUCAGAAGGGGAUUACCACAGGCAGACACCAGGGUGGGCCUGGGAAGACAGGCCCUCCUCAACAGGCUCGACGCAGUUUCCGUACAACCCUCUGACUAUGCGGAUGCUCAGCAGCACGCCGCCCACCCCGAUCGCAUGCGCCCCCUCCUCUGUGAACCCGGCGGCUCCUCACCAGCAGAGCAGGAUCUGGGAGCGAGAGCCUGCCCCGCUGCUCUCCGCGCAGUACGAGACGCUGUCCGACAGUGACGACUGAGCGGCGGACGAGAGGGUCCCGCGGGGGCCAGGGUGUGGGGCGGGGGCUCUCGCUCCUGGCGGUUUCGUUUCUAACGGCAGGGCCAAAGACUGUCGUCCUAGGACUUGUGCCCAGAGACCUUUCGGGAGAGCCUGGACCAUGGCUGAUGAAGAAAUGAUGGAAAUUUAUUUGGAGAGUUGGAUGGGGGGAGGGAUGGGAGGGGGGACUGCCUCUGACACAGGCAGUUCGAUGGAUUAUAAUAGUGGAGGGUUGAAAUGUAGAGUUUUUAAAAAGUGGACAAUUCCUGUUCUUACAUCUGUAAAGAAAACCAUAAUGUCUUUAAAUCACUCUUCUGUAAAUAGAUUACCUUUUUGCAGUGUUUCCCCUUGCUGUAGUAUCUGGCGUGCUCAUGUUCAAAUCAGCACAUCGCCUAUGGGGUAAUUUAAAACAAACAAAACGCGCACCUUCUUUUUAACCCUUGCCUUCUCCACCCCCUCCCACAGCCCAGGUACAUAAUGUCGGCUGUCACGGGCAUUGUGCUCUAUCCAGUUUUGUUUCCUCUAAAUCCAGAUUUCCAGUGAUGUUUAAAAUCUUGUGGAAAUGUUUAGAUUUUUAACACAGACCUUGUAUAAAAUCUGUACAUUUUGUAUUGGGGUCAAAGGUAGGAGAAACAAAAUUCUGCCAUACUGUCAAUUUCCAGUGCAGGCUUUAAUUUUUUUUUUUAAAUUAGUAGCACUGAAAAAUAUUACUGCAUGGGUAUGUUCUAGUUCAGUUUUUAAAGUUAAAAAAAAAAAAAGGCUUAUUUGAGGCAUACCUCACUGUUAUGCACACUGGCCCUAAGUAUUCUUUUUCUCCUGCAUUUGAUGGAGCCCAACAAAGCUUUUGUUUCUAAAUAAAUUGGACUUCCCUGUCCACAGCCACCUAGA